AUGCUGGCCCUGCAGGGCGACGAGGCAGAGCUGGCGAGGAUGGGGUACAAGCAGGAGCUCAGACGGGAGUUGGGUCUCAUGCAGAACUUCGGGGUCUCAUUUUCGAUUAUUUCAGUCAUCACCGGCAUCCCUUCGCUCUUCUUGUAUGGACUCAAUACAGGAGGACCGGCCGUAAUGGUGUGGGGUUGGGUGGUCGUCUCAUGCGCCACCAUGCUCGUUGGACUUGCCAUGGCAGAGGUUUGCAGUGCCCACCCUACGUCGGGUGGCCCGUAUUUCUGGGCAGCUAUGCUUUCAAGGAAGGAGAACGCGGCGUUGGCGUCGUGGAUAACAGGAUGGUUUAACCUCCUUGGUCAAGUGGCUGUUACGACGGGUAUCAGCUUCGCCUGUGCCAACUUCAUCUCAACAGCCUGCACGCUCGGGGGAACCGGGUUCGAGCCCACCCCAAACACUACAAUCGGCAUCUACGCCGCCGUCCUCUUCACACAAGGCCUCACAAACACUUUCGGCGUACACCUCCUGCACAUCCUGAACAACAUCUCCGUCUGGUGGCACGCGAUCGGCACGACCUCGCUCGUCAUCGCCAUCCUCGCCAGGGCGCCCUCGCACCAGUCCGCGAAGUUCGUUUUUACCCAGUUCAUUGAUGGGACUGGACCGCCCGGCGAGGGAUGGGGCGAUAGGGCGAGCCAUGUUUAUGUUGUUGUUAUCGGAAUCCUAAUGGCCCAGUAUACUUUGACUGGGUUCGACGCCAGCGCGCACAUGACAGAAGAGACCCGCAACGCCGCCAUGUCCGGUUCUAUCGGGAUCAUUAUGGCCAUCGGCGUCUCCGCCGUGCUUGGCUGGUUCCUCAUCCUAGGCUUGCUCUUCUCCAUGCAGGACCUCGACGGCACUCUCUCCUCAAGCACCGGCCAACCAGUCACCCAGAUCUUCCUCGACACAGUCGGAGAGAAGGGCGCUAUUGUGUUAAUGGUGAUCGUCAUUGGUGCGAUGUAUUUCUGCGGGACAUUCUCGAUUACGUCAAAUUCGCGCAUGAUGUAUGCGUUUGCGCGUGAUGGAGGCAUUCCAUUCCACAAGUUCUUCGCCAAGGUCAGCCCUUCUUGGAAGUCACCUAUUCGCACAGUCUGGCUCGCCUGCACGCUGAGCUUUAUCCUCGGCCUACCCAGUCUCGGCAGCUCCGUUGCCUUCGCCGCUGCGACGUCCAUCGCGACGAUCGGGCUGUACAUCUCCUACGGCAUCCCGAUCAUGCUUCGCGUCAUCUACCGCGACGCGUUCGUACGCGGGCCGUUCCACCUAGGCAUCUUCUCGUACCCCGUAGCGCUCGGCGCUGUUACGUGGAUCUUAUUCAUCUCGAUUGCGUUCAUCCUUCCUCAAGUCAACCCCGUCGACUCGCAGACGCUAAACUAUGCCAUCGUCGCUGUUGGCGUCGUCAUCAUCUACAGCGUUGGGUUCUGGGUCUUGAGUGCCAGGAAGUGGUUCACUGGACCUGUGAAGCAGAUUGCUGCGGAGGAGUUGGGGAUAGACGUAAUGGACCCAGCCACCGCAGAGAAAUUCGAGAAGAUAGCUGCAACAGACACGGCGACUGCGGUUUAA